AAAACAAUGAAUAACAAAGAAGACUUGUUGAAAAAAUGUUUACCUUGUUCGGUAUCAUUAAUAAAAUUACGAACUUCUGAAAUAAAUAAGUGGAGAAAAAGAACAACUGAACGACAACAACCUGAACGAAAUUAUUCUUGUCGUGGUCGUAAAAGAUUUAAUUCAUCAUCAGAAUCAUAUCCAAAUGACUAUUGUCGGUUAUUGAGACCAAAGAGAAAAUUAAUUUCAAAUAAUUCUAUAGGUCAAGUAUUUGAUUCAUCAUUAUUAUCGCAUGUGUUGGAUGACUCAUCAAAUUCAAUCGAUUUUGAUAAUGGUAAUAUUAAUAAAAAAGACAAUUAUUUAAUUCAACAACAAACGGAAUUUAAAGAAAUUAACACUUGUCAAAAUUUUAAAUUGAUAAAUGAUGAUGAUGAUACUUUGUUACCCACAAUUACCUCAAAUUCAAUUGUUGUUGAAUCAUUAUCCGAUAUACAUGACAAUAAAGAUGAUAUUAAUAAAGAAGAUGUACCAGCAGGAUGGAAGUAUAAAAAAAAGGACCAAUUAAUUUCAGAAUCAACCAACAAUACAAUAAUGUAUAAUAAAAAUGAAAAUCCAGUUCCAAUAGAACAACAAUCUCCGACACUAGUCAAUCGUCAGUUGGAAAAUAUUGAUACAGAUAGCAAUAAAAAGUCUUCAAAUAAAUCUUGCCAUUUAAUUAAAGAAGUAAGAAUAAUUUCACCACGUUUAGAAGAAAUAGAUGAUCCACAUGUACGGCAAUGGCAGUUGAAAACGGCUUCUGCUGAUAUUGCCAAUAUUAAAGCUGCUGCUUCAACAACAACAACAACAACAACAACAACAACAACGAUUACUACUACUACUGUUAUUGUAUCAAGUAAUAAUACUACUACUAAAACUGGUAUGACCACCACUACCAGUAGCAAUGAAUCUCAAUUUCAAUUUGCAUCGACAUCACACAAUGAUGUUACAUCAAAAAAAAUAAUUGAUAAAUCUAGUAAGAAUAUAUCUAAAAAUGGUCAAAAAAUAAAACGUAAACUUGAACCAAAAUCUAAAACUUUAGAUUGUAAUGUUUGUUCAAUAAUAUUUGACAGUACAGAAGAAUUAGCAGAACACAUUUAUACACACACAGCUCGUGAGCUACAACAAAGAUUUGUGCUAGCUCAACAGGAAAAACAGCAACAGCAAAUUCAAGAAAUAUCUAAUAGUCAGGAGAGUAAAAAUUUAAAUAACAAUGAUAAUAAUGAAGACGAUGAUGAUGAUGAUGAUGAUGAUGAUGAUGAUGAUGUACAAUUAAUUGACGAAUCUUGUCAAAAAUUUGAUAACAACGUACAAUUACCGAUUUUAAAUCAAACAAAAAUAGUAACAGCAAUAUUACCAUCAUCAUCAUCAUCAUUACCAGUUAAUGUUCCUGAUAAAGAUACUGCUGUAACUACAACAAAAGUCACAUCAAUGAUUAUUGAUUCUUCAAUACCAAAAACUAGUUCAGCCACUAUUAAUUCAACAACAACAACAACAACAACAACAACAACUGGGUUGCCUGUAAGUAGUAUUCCAACAAUAAUUGAAAAAAAUUCCGAUUUAAAUUCUAAUAAAGGAAAUUCAUCAUCAAACACUACCGGUAAUAAAAUCCACAUGGAUAAUCAAAAAUCAUUUCCUGCCAUCAUGACAUGUCCUGUAUGUCUUAGUUAUCAGUGUCAAAAACAAGAAGAUCUUGUUGAACAUGUAUCAAGUGUUCACUGUACUAAUAAUACAAAUGAUAUAAACACUUUAUCAACACUUAGUUCAUCAUCGGCGUCUAAAAAUGUUGGAAAAAAUAAUACAACAAGUACAUUAAAAAGAAUCAUGUUACAACCAUCAUCAUCAUUAUCUUCAUCUUCUUCUUCUUCAUCAUCAUCAUCAUCAUCGUCGUCGUCGUCAUCGUCGUCAUCGUCAUCGUCAUCAUUAACGGUUGUUGCAAGUUCAAAUGAAAAACAAAAAAUUUUUAGUUGUAAAUUAUGCAAAUUUAAUACAUUGGAUAAAAAUAAAAUAAUUCAACAUGUUCUUCAACAUAAUAUAACUACAACUGCUGCUGUUGUAGUUACUGAAACUCAAGUUAAGCCUUUAGCUGGUGAAUCAUUAUCACAAUUGCCAUCAAAUCAAAUACAAUUUACGCCUGUCAAUAAAAAUAAUGUUAGCAAUAUUAUAAUAAACAACAACAGCAGUAGCAGCAGCAGCAGCAGCAGCGAAUCAAUAACUAAAAUAAAACCAAUAACAGCAACAAUUAAUCCACAUAAUUGUCCUGUUUGUAUGAGUUAUCAAUCAAAUUCAUUAGAUGAUUUAAAUCAACACAUGAGAAUGAAUCAUUAUUCUUGUUUACAGGGUAAUGGUUUAUUACUUUGUUUACAAUGUCCAUUUUUACAGGGUUUUCAGGGCCCAGAAGCGUUAAAGAAACAUAAAGAUACGUAUCAUUAUCAUUUUUGUGAAUUGUGUCAGAAAAAAUUUCAUUUAUACAAUAAUUAUAAAAAUCAUUCGUGUAUUCCACAUCUAAUAUGACAAACUACUAUACAUAUACCAUAGAAUUACUUAUGUAUUCAUUUAAAAGAGUCUUCGGUAUAGAUUGUACAUAUGUUAAACAAAUA